AUGGACGGAUUUCGGAAGGUUCUGGUGUGGGUGUGUCGGGAUGGAGCGGCACCACAGAGGGUUCACUUCUUUCAGAGUGUCACGGGUCACUUCGGCACCGCUGACCUGGUGCGUGUCAGCUGUCAAGUCGAGCGGAACCGUUUGGUGGUCUCCGAAGACCCCACAGGCGUCCCACUAAAGAGGCCCACCUUCUGUCCCAUCAAACACCAGUCCUCAACUGCUGCCCCAUUGGAGGCUCAACAGCGCGGUGUAGAUGUGGGCGUGGCUGUCAUCCUGCAGUCAUCCAAUCACAGAGUUUUGCUGACGCGACGUGCAAAACAUCUCCGAAUAUUCCCAAACCUUUGGGUGCCACCAGGUGGCCAUCUCGAGCCGAAUGAAACGCUUGUGGAGGCAGGUCUACGAGAGCUGAAAGAGGAAACGGGGUUGGACAUGGAAGCGGAAAAAUUCCCAAGUCCAAAGAUUCUGGGCGUGUGGGAGUCAGUGUACCCCCUCAUGCUGAGCAGAGGAUACCCCCAGCGGCACCACCUCGUGGUCUACAUUCUGCUGAGGUCAACCCGCACACACAUGCAGCUCCAGGAGUGCCUCCGCCCUUCACCUGCUGAAGUCAGUGCUUGUCUUUGGGCCGACGGUCGGCUGGUCAGCGCCGUGGUAGCUGCAGCGGACGGCGCGGCAGACGAACCGCAUGGCCUUCCUACCUCUGUCAGUGUGUCGCAGGUGUCACCUGAGGGUCGACUGAAGGACGCCUCCUUGCCCGUCCAGGUACUAAUGCGUCACGCGCCCCCUACCGGUCCUGAUGUAGAGCGAGUCAGCAGUGGGACAACGUUCGCUUUGGACCUUUGGCUAAAGACGAUCCAUAGUGAAGACCGCCUUUAA